CGAAAAAUUUAUCGCAGUAUUGAAGAUAAGAAUUUCAUAAACAAAAAGUGGGAAUCCUACUGAUUUGAAAUUCCUAUAAAUCCUCCAAGAAAACACUUGUGUUGGUGUAGUCAGAGGGGAAAGUACAGAAUGGUGCGUGUGGUGUUUGCUUUUUGCGUCAUCGUUGCCAGCGCUCUGGCGAUAGAAUCAAACUUUUACAGAGAAGAGCCUUGCGCGAAGGUGGGAGGAUACUGUGUUCUGCAAUCCGAAUGUCCACAUUCAGUAAGCGAAGACCAGAAAGGCCUGUGUGCUGGCCAGAAAAAAGACGGUGCUGUUUGCUGUCCAAACUUUCCGGAAGAAGACGUAAACUGCCACCAACUCCACCACGCCUGCUCUGAACAAUGUCCCAAGUAUCUAAGUCUAGGUCGUAAAGGAUGCAUUGAUGGCAAAACUUGUUGUAUUUUAGUAGUAUAAAUGUAAGAAAUAAAAUUUUAAGUGGUUCAUAUUA